GGGGGGUCCGAGGUUAAGCCACAUUCAGUACCCUACCAGGUGGCUUUACAUUUAGUCGGCUACUCGAACCAGGUUUCUUUCUGUGGGGGCUCCCUAAUCGACCAAAGAACCGUCCUAACCGCGGCCCAUUGCGUGCAAAACGCCAGACAAGCCAGAGUAACUUUCGGGGCCCACAACUUGAGAAAACGGGAAGCUGCCGCUAUUUCAAUGAUCUCAAACAAAUUUACCGUGCACGAAGGGUGGAAUUCGCAGUCUUUAUCGAACGAUAUUGCUUUGAUUCACUUGGCGCAACCAGUGCCACUUAAUUCCUAUAUUCAAAUAAUUCCGCUUUCCCGCGACACGAGCACACACGAAGGUCAAAUGUCGUUAAUCACCGGCUGGGGCAGGUAUUCCGAUCGAAUUCAGGGCACCAGCGACAUCUUACGGGGAACAAAGACACCAAUCGUCUCCAACAAUAUCUGCAACUACUAUUUUGGAGGUAUCGUCACCUCCAAACAAAUUUGCACCUCUGGAAGUCAAGGAAAAGGCAGCUGUAACGGUGACAGUGGCGGACCUUUGGCCAUUGGAGGAAAACAGGUUGGACUGGUGUCAUUUGGAAUUCAAUAUGGCUGUGAGGUGGGAUUCCCAGCUGUAUAUACCAGGGUUGCCAACUACUACAACUGGAUUCAGGCACAUAAAUAGAAAUUGUACAGGAUU